ACGUGACUCGAGUCUGGAUUUUGCUGGAAUCAACGUAUACGUUGUAUCAUUUGCCUCUGUUCGUCAUCAGCUUCCCACGUCACACAUAUUAAUAGCUGUCAUCUUUGAUAGUUCCUCCACCAACAACAGGCUCACUGCUGGUUCACAAACUACAACAACCUCUCGAGAACGACCAUGUCAGGCAGUCAAUCUAAGCAAGACGUACCCAAAGCAAUCUUAUACACAUGGCCCGCUUCUGUGUGGUCCAAUGUUCCCCUCUUGUGUCUGCACGAAAAGGGAUACGGCGAGGAUGAAUACAUUGUCAAGCAUGUGGAUCUGUCCAAAGGCGAGAACUUUUCGCCAUCUUAUCUCAAGAUAAAUAAAAAUGGGACCGUCCCCACUCUCGUGGUACCUACGGCAGAAACGACCUCGGCGGAUGUCGACAGUCGCUACAGGUCCUUGAGGGACACCAUCACCAUUUGCGAUUUCUUGGAUCAAGCACGCAGUGCCAACACCGUCAACACUACCUCGUCCCGACCUGCCCCGACGUUGUCACCAGCAACUAUUGAAGGCAAAGCGAUUGUUGACGAAAUCAUCGCCCUUGUCCACCUGCCAAGCGUCGAUCCCAACUUCUUGGCCAUGUCAGCUCGUGACGAGACCGAGCUCAAGCAGAAAGCCGAAAGUGCUUCGGGUGCCAUGGUGCGCGACCGUCGCGCCAGCCUCGACAAGUACAUCAAAGAAGCAAAAGAGGGAGCUUCUCACGGUGGAUCGUUCGAAACCAGCAUCGUCAAGUUCCUGGAAGAACGUUUCGCUGCCAAUGAGAUGAUCUACAAAGUUUACACCGGCGGAUCCAACCCUGAAGACCUCAAAAUGUUCUACGAAGCAAGCGCAAAGAUCUGGAAUACGGGGAUCCCUGAUUGUCUCGAUCGACUCGAGGGUUUGAUCCAGGAUGACGGUCCUUUCACCAUGGGAGACCAAGUGUCACUCGCCGACCUGCACGUCAUCUCGUGGCUGUCUCGGGUUGUUGCUCUCGCUGCCAACUCCAAGCCGGCGCUGGAGAUUGACGCGCUUGAGAAAGUCCUCGGUGGACGAAAAAUCGGAAACAAGGUUCGAGGCUUCUGGACGGCUUGGCUGUCCAGGGAAAGCUUUAAGAAGACAAUUGGACAAAACUCGGCUUUGCCUUGAAGAGAGGAAACCAAAGGUGUGGGAUUCAUUGAGAUGGGUCAUUGGAACCAUAGAGUCUUUGGCAUUUGCGCAUCGCCUUGGUAUGCAUGAGAACAUUGACA